UCCCUCCCUCCCUCUCUCUCUCUCUCUCUCAGAAACCAGAGAUAAGAGGCACUCUCUCUUUCUGAUCUUGGCUUCUCCGGGAAUACUCCAAGAGCUCAAAAUGCAAAAGGACCCCUCCUCUGCCCAUGGCGGACCUACCGCCACAGCUACAACCAGCAUAUCCUCCUCAUUCAAGUCUCUAUUCCAUCCAGAUGGCGAUGUAUACAGCUCCCCUUACUCCUCAAUCUUCCCUACCAAAGCUUCCCUCUCCGUGAACUCCUACUCAGACUCAGGCUUCUCCGACUCAACCUCAACCGUCGUCUCCAAUCACCUCUGCCACUCCCAGACAGUACAGGAACACCAGGAGAUCGUGAACCGCCAUUCUCUCUGCCUCACUCACCUCCGCGAGGCCAACAGAGAAGCCGAGGCCCUCCGCCUCGAAAACACGCACCUCCGUGCAGUGAACCGCGAGCUCAACAAGCACCUCAGCCUCCUCAUCCACGCCUCGGUCCGGAACCAGCUCGGUUCGUCCCCCACCGACUACAUGGCGUCGCUUGAGGCUCUGGACGCCUUUCGCGGUUUGAGUAUCGGAGAUGAGGGGAGUGCUUGGGAUGACGUGGCGGAUGGGAGCCCGACGAGCGUGAUCGAGAACAGAAGGAUCCAGAAUGUUGACGUGGAGCGAUUCUCGUUGCCGAAAAGUAUCUCUGUGCGGUCAAACGGUUACUUGAAGACGGCGACUCAGGCCAAUGCCGCUGGUGGCGGUCGGACUCGGAGCGCGAAUCGGCUUCGCACCACAAACCCGCUCAAUGCUACGCAAAAGGUGUACGUGCCAGGAGGGAAGCAAGAAGAAGAGCCACUUGAACUAGAGGUGUACAACCAAGGCAUGUUCAAGACGGAGCUGUGUAACAAAUGGCAAGAUACAGGUGCCUGCCCUUACGGAGACAACUGCCAGUUCGCCCACGGUGUUGAGGAGCUCCGCCCGGUCCUCCGUCACCCCCGCUACAAGACCGAGGUCUGCAGGAUGGUCCUUGCUGGUGUUGCUUGCCCAUACGGUCAUAGGUGCCACUUCCGUCAUGCACUCACCGAGCAGGAGAGAGCCAUAUAUGGAUCCGGCUAUGCUCAAGACAAUAAAGCUUGAUAGGUAAAGUAGCAUUAUCACUCAAGAAAUAAUGACAAAUCAGAGAAAUUGUGGUACUUGAUCAGUAAAGCAAAGAUGA